UUAUAGACUGAUAGCUCCUUCUACUCCAAGCUGAGCUCAGAGAGCGAGAGAGAAACCCUAGGUAAGGAACAAUGCCGGCUGGUCACGGUUUGAGAUCUCGCACGAGAGAUUCAUUCUCUCGUCCCUUCAGGAAGAAGGGAACCAUCGCCCUCACUACUUAUCUCAGAACUUACCACAUCGGCGAUUACGUCGACAUCAAGGUUAACGGCGCCGUCCACAAGGGUAUGCCUCACAAGUUCUACCAUGGCCGCACCGGUCGUGUUUGGAACGUCACCAAACGCGCCAUUGGUGUCGAGGUUAACAAACAGGUGGGGAACAGAAUUAUUAGAAAGAGGAUUCAUGUGCGUGUUGAGCAUGUUAUGCCUUCAAGGUGCACUGAGGAGUUCCGUUUGAGGAAGAUCAAGAAUGAUCAACUCAAGGCGGAUGCUAAGGCAAAGGGUGAGAAAAUUAGCACCAAGAGACAACCUGAGGGUCCCAAACCAGGUUUCCUUAUGGUGGAAGGAGCUCUAAUUGAAACUGUAACUCCCAUUCCCUAUGACGUGGUUAAUGAUCUUAAAGGAGGAUAUUAGUUUUUUGUACUGUUUGUUGGUUGGUUUGCCAAGUUGUUUUUUAGUUUUAGAUUACUCGUUCUAAGGCUACUGGUAAACAAUUUUAAUUUUGAUUUUGAUUCUCUAAAUACAAUUAUAUGUUCUAAUUU